AUGGACGAAAGCCCGUUCGGAUCGGACAAAGCACGCCAAACAGGUCGAGUGCAGCAGCCGACCACUCACAGGCCUCGAUAUUCAAAUUCCUCGCCCAACCGACACUUCAAGCUUCUUCCCGAUGGAUACCCUUACACAUCAGUCGAGGAAAUCAUUAAAUCAUUAGAAACUGAAAAUCAGAAUUCAGAAUUGAUCACCUUUCAGUCCCUUACAGAUAUCAUCACAAACGAUUUUAUCAUUGGAAAGGGAGACCCCAUAACAAUCACAUCAACUGAGUUUCGUGAGGAUCAGGAAUAUGUAAAUUGUAUUGUGGAUGGUGAUUCUGAGCAGGUCCAUGUUACACUACCCUUUGCUUUGAAAGGGGAGUUCUAUGAAUGUGAAGACAACAAGGUGUAUACUAUUAAGGACAUUAUCGAAUCAAAACUUCUGACAAAAAGAAGAGUGAGGCUUGCUGACACGAAGGAUGCCUGCAUGCCAAGGCAUUUUCAGGGUGCAUUAGUGCUGUCACUUGUACAUGAAGUUCAAGCAAUUAUGCACUACAGAAAAGAGAUUGUGAAAAUACCCUCAACUCUGGAAGUUGAUGUAAGGGAUGUAACAGAGGAGCAAAAAGAUAUCACGUUCAUCAAACCAAUGUCAUUGUCCGAUAUUUUAAACCAGUCACAUGAUCAAUUUCCAAUGUUGGUCAAAAUCCUGGAUGCCUCAGAACAGCAGUCCCCCUUUAAAGGUGAGUGGUUUCACUCACUGAGAAAGGGUAGAAUUUUGAAAAUUUACAAGAAAGAGUUGCUGAAGAAAGUCCUUGCAACAUCCAUGCUCAACAAAGUGAACCGGCAUUUCUUAAUCUCCAUAAACUACAAAGGAACCUUCAGACAGCGGCCUGGAGAGUUUGUGACUGUGUUUGAUCUUUGCAAUGCCAUUAGCCAAGACAGCCAUUUGAAUGUUGUGGUAACAAGAGACUGCAUGUGGAAUAAAGAUGGAUUAUCUUCUCUAUGUGUGGGUGACCGCUUAGUCACCAUGUUUAGGACCACGACACAACUGACCGUUGAUGGCGUAAUUCAAAAUGUUGACAUGCUCAUGUGCAAUAAGAUCACGGAGGAUGAGGAUGAGGAUGAGACUCUGAUGCUUCCCUUGUACCUCGAGGGUCAUUUUGUGGAAGAUGUCCAUGACACCAAGGGAUACAAAAUCUUGGAAAUAUGUGAUAAAUUCAAACUACCUUUUCAAGUAAAAGUCACAUCAAAAGAUCCUACUUUACUAAAUGAUAUCUUAACAGCAUUCCCAACAAUUAAAUUGGAGGAAAUAAUUGUGGUACCUAAUUUGGUUGUCAGUUUCCAUGAACAGCCUUCUGAGUGUUUCUCAAUUCCAGUCGAAUGGAUGACUAUGACUGUCUGUCAUCUAGAAGACUCUCCUGAGGAGGACUGGAACAAAGCUGAGGAGGACUGUAACCUUAAAAAUGCAGCCUCAGUGGAAGAGUUGACUGAUUUCAUGUACUAUAAUCUGCGGAAAUAUUCUUCUCCAAAUCUGUGUCCACCACCUCGACCAUCCAAAAGACUAAGCAAAGAUACUGUCUUGUCAGACUCCACUCCAGUUCAAGCCCCUUGUCGUUCUCCUGUUCCAGGUUAUAUACAGCAACAACCACCUUUACCCCCUAAGAUAACUAAAGGAGUUGAUGCAGUUGCUGGAGAUAAACUCUUACCUCUGGUGGUAGACUUCCAUCACAAGGAGACAGAAGCUUUAAAUUAA